AUGAAUCAAAAAGGUUUUCACAUUAUUUUUCUUGCGAUAUUUUUUCUCAAUCCUACUACAUCAGAUAUUCGAGCAAGCAGUAUAUCAAUUAGAAUUGGGUGGCAAUUAUUAUCGCAAAAUACAACCCGUCUACCAUAUACUACAUUAUCGGCAUUCAAUUUUCGAAUAUGUCAAAUGAAAUGUCUACUUCAAUCACCAUGUCAAGUAGCUGUGUUUCGUCAAUCAACUUUGAGUUGCGAUCUUUUUACCAAUAUAUCGACUCCUAUAGACAAUCUGCUAGUCCCUGCCGACUCUCAUACUAUCACCAUUGUAAUUUACAACCAAGCAUCAGCAAAGUCAUCAAAUCUUCCUUCUACCACGCAUGAAUGUUAUCAGACCGGUCGUAUACAUCAUGAAAGACCCCGAGCAUUUCCGAUACCGCGACAACAUCCACCACUUCGACAAGCACCAGUUCAACAACAUCCACUACCUCGACAACCACCAGUUCAACAACAUCCACUACGUCUACAAGCUCUAGCUCAACAACAUCCACCACUGCUACAACAUCCACCACUUCGACAAGCAGCAGCUCAACAACAUCCACUACCUCUACGAGCACCAGUUCAACAACAUCCACUACGUCUACAAGCUCUAGCUCAACAACAUCCACUACCUCGACAAGCACCAGUUCAACAACAUCCACCACUGCUACAACGUCCACCACUUCGACAACCACCAGUUCAACAACAUCCACUACCUCGACAAGCACCAGUUCAACAACAUCCACCACUGCUACAACAUCCACCACUGCUACAACAUCCACCACUUCGACAAGCAGCAGCUCAACAACAUCCACUACCUCUACGAGCACCAGUUCAACAACAUCCACCACUGCUACAACAUCCACCACUUCGACAAGCAGCAGCUCAACAACAUCCACUACCUCUACGAGCACCAGUUCAACAACAUCCACCACUGCUACAACAUCCACCACUUCGACAAGCAGCAGCUCAACAACAUCCACUACCUCUACAAGCACGAGCUCAACAACAUCCACUACCUCGACAAGCAGCAGCUCGACAACAUCCACCACUUCGACAAGCUCUAGCUCAACAACAUCCACUACCUCUACGAGCACCAGUUCAACAACAUCCACCACUGCUACAACAUCCACCACUUCGACAAGCACCAGUUCAACAACAUCCACUACCUCGACAAGCAGCAGCUCAACAACAUCCACUACCUCUACGAGCACCAGUUCAACAACAUCCACUACAUCGACAAGCAGCAGCUCGGCAACAUCCACCACUGCUACAACAUCCACCACUGCUACAACAUCCACCACUUCGACAAGCAGUAGCUCAACAACAUCCACUACCUCUACAAGCACCAGUUCAACAACAUCCACCACUGCUACCACAACCACUACGUCUACAAGCACCACUUGAAGCACAUCAUUCACUUCAGCAACAUCUACUAGCUCUUUAA